AUGGGCAGCAAAUCACCGUUUAAUAGUUUAGAUCCUUCUUUAUUAUAUAAAGGUAAUUUAUUAAGGCGCAUGCUUUUUACGAUAAUAGCUUUAUUUUGUAUUCAUUUAGGUAUUCUUGGAAUUAAUCAUGAUAUAAUUAAUGAUAUAUUUCCUAAAGAAGGUGCUAGUAUUUUUGGAGUAUUUAAUCUAUUUUCGAUUGGGGCAUUAGCUAGGAUAAUAAUUUUAGUACUGAAUGUUAUGUCAUAUAUAGUUGCAUCUUCUGUCGUUAAAGGAAUUAAUGAAGUUAAAAUAAUGGAGAAUAAAAGCGUCGAAGGAUGAAUUCCUGUAUACGUUGUAUGACCACAGUGUUUUGUACAUUUCAAUCAGUUCUAUUCUAAAUAGAUUGAUUCUUCAUCUAAUUAUUAUUAUACGAACAGGGAAGGAACAUUAGUUGUAAUCCAACCUGGUGUUAUGUUUCGUACAGUGAGUGGUAUUCUCAACCUUUUG